GGCAAUUCCCUGGGAACUGAUGUGUGGCUUGUGCUGAUCUGUAGGGAUGGGGACUCAGGUCAUGGAUAUAAUAAUUCCAGCUAGUUGUCGGGAAGACCUUGAGGUGGUACCAGUUCUGACUCAUGAGGGUGAAGCUGAAGAUGAGGGUCAAUGGGUGUGGUCCCGCUCAUGGAAACGACUUGAGAAGCCUUCGCGAGAGAGCCCCAGUCUCCGCAAAUUGGCUGCAACCAGGCAGCGGAAGGCAGGUUUCCAGUGCCCUCGUGGAUCUGGCAAAGUAACCAAGUAUGAGAAACCUUGCCCUGGAGAACUUGCGGUGUUUGCAGAUCUACUGGACUCCUUGAUUGUUGACGUGGCAACGGAGGUUCACCGUGCAACACGGCUGGGACUGAACUAUUUUCCAAGUCAGGGUUGGGAGGGUUGUGAGGAGGAGCAGAAUAAUGGGGAGGUGCAACAUGAGCAUGAAGAAGAACAGGGAACAAAGGGCAGCCUCACAGUGGAGGCAUCCACAUCAUCAGGCACGCCUGAUCAGAUGGGUCUUCCACUGGCCCAGCAACAACAAACACCACAGAGUGGAGGUAUUUCCGCAGGAAAGCAGAUGGCAGCCAUGGUUGAUGUAUUUGGGCAAACACAUCCUGCUGUUGCCAGCGAGAACUUUGAGUGUUUGAAUUGCGGUCGGCCGGUUGUGGCAGGUCGCUAUGCGCCCCACCUGGAGAAGUGCAUGGGAAAGGCGUAUUUCCGCCUAGAGAAGGAUGGGAAAGUCGAGAAGGUCCUCCACUCCCUAACUCUCCUCGUAGAAGACAGCCUCCCAUUCGACAUUGUUCUGGGAAUGGAUUGGGGAGAGGCAGCCGGGGCCACGCUUCAUUUGAAGGAGCACGAGUGUAGGCUCCCUAGUUCUUCAGGCGAGGCUAAGACUGCCCGCCUGUUCCAUGUGUCAGGCGUAGAGAAUUCCUUGGCACAUUGUUGCCUGAGCGCGCCCGCAUUCGCCAGAUUGGUGAAGAAGGAGAAAUUGGAGGAACAGGUCUUUGUCGCCUAUAUUAGGCCAGUGACUGAGCCUAAGAAAGAGAAGCCCGUAGACCCUACUAUUGCCAAAUUGCUGGAAGAGUUUAAGGAUUUAACUAAGCCGCCGACAGGCACGGUGCCGUGGCCCAUCCAGCACUGUAUUGAGAUAGAGCCUGGCAGUAGAACUCCUAAGGGUGCUGUAUAUAGGAUGUCCCCGCGGGAGUUAGAGGAGCUACGGAAGCAGUUGGGCGAGCUCCUCGAAAAGGGUUGGAUUAGGCCCAGUUCGUCUCCGUUUGGAGCCCCUGUUCUCUUUGUCCCUAAGAAAGAGGGAGAGCUGAGGAUGUGUAUAGACUAUAGGGGUCUGAAUGCUAUUACAGUAAAGAAUGCUGAGCCACUGCCUAGGAUAGACGAUCUCUUAGAUCGAGUGCAGGGGGCCAAGUAUUUCUCUAAGAUAGACUUAAAGUCCGGAUACCAUCAGAUAGAGGUACAUCCUGAUGAUCAGUAUAAGACAGCCUUCCGGACUAGGUACGGGCACUAUGAGUUUAUAGUGAUGCCCUUUGGACUAACCAAUGCGCCAGCUACGUUCCAGCGUUGUAUGGACAAUUUGUUUAGGUCAUGGUUAGAUAGAUUUGUUGUAGUGUACCUAGAUGACAUUCUAGUGUUUAGUAAGACCCUCGACGAGCAUCAGGGUCAUCUCAGGCAGGUCUUGGAGAAGCUGAGAGAAGCUAACUUCAAGAUCAAUGCGAAGAAGUGCGAUUGGGCGAAGACCCAAGUUUUGUAUCUAGGCCACGUCUUAGACGGAGACGGCGUUAAGCCAGAAGAUAGCAAGAUCGCAGCGAUUAGAGAUUGGCCCACGCCACGUACGCUAACAGAGUUGCGCUCGUUCCUAGGCUUAGCAAAUUACUACAGGAAGUUCGUGAGGAACUUCUCCACCAUCGCUACGCCCCUUCGCAGAUUGCUAAGAAAAGAGACAAUCUGGAAGUGGGACAAGGACUGCACGUCUGCCAUGAAGAAGCUAAAGCAGGCAUUAAUAGAAUACCCAGUCCUUAAGGUCGCCGAUCCGUCCUUGCCUUUUGUCGUUACUACGGAUGCUAGCCAGUACGGCAUAGGCGCAGUGUUACAGCAAGACGAUGGCAAUGGCUAUAGACCCGUAGAGUUCAUGUCCGCUAGGAUGCCUUCAGAGAAGGUUGCGACAUCUACCUAUGAGAGGGAACUCUACGCUCUCAGGCAAGUAUUAGACCACUGGAAGCACUACUUGCUUGGGAGGCACUUCAAAGUCUAUUCUGACCAUGAAACAUUACGAUGGUUAAAGACGCAGGCGAAGAUGACACCUAAGCUUACUAGGUGGGCCGCAGAGAUAGAUCAGUACGACUUCGAGCUCAAGCCUGUUAAAGGGAAGUACAAUGUAGUCGCGGAUGCUCUGAGUAGGAGAGCAGAUUACUUUGGGGCAAUAGUACAUUACCUCGAUAUAGGAAAGGAUCUGCAGCAGAAGGUUAGAGAAUCCUACGCGCAGGACCCUAUCUAUAGUGAGCUCCUCACGCGAGUCAAGGAGGCCCUAGAGACUGAGCCGAACUACCGCACUACUGAAGGGCUACUCUUUGAGAAGACUAAUGUAUUUGACUACCUGUGCAUUCCCAAUAGCGAAGACAUCCGUAGUUUGAUUUUGGGGGAAUGCCACGACACAGAGGGUCAUUUCGGUUGGCAAGAGACCUUAGCCAAUCUGAUGCGCGCGUAUACCUGGCCGGGAAUGAAGAACGACUGCGUAGAGUAUGUUCGCAGUUGUAAAGUCUGUCAGAGUAACAAGUCUUCUACGCGUGCCCCGUUAGGUCUUCUCAGCCCCUUGCCCAUUCCGGACCAACCGGGAGACUCAGUGUCCAUCGACUUCAUGGAUACCCAGGAAGAAGAGCUGACAGUGUUUACUGGCUGGAUGAUGCAGCAGGGCAGAAUCUCAAGUCGUGUGGCCAGCCGGAAUAUUAACUCGACACAGCGGCGAUCACGGACGAGUGCCGUAGGGGCUGUUGCAUCUUCUGGAUCCGGCGGCUCAGGUACAGGUUCUCCUAGGGCUGCACCAAGUGGGGCUUGCAGUAGCUCCCCUGCAAUAGCAGGACUGGCAAUGGCAACUGGCAGCACUUUUGGCACACCCUUAUCUGUCGGGUCAGCGGGAGCAGCGGCGAUGACAAUCGUUCAAAGUGUAGGAGGUAGCCAACCGUCUGCCACAGUGUCUGCACCAAGAAUUGCCAUUGGGAGAAACCCUAAUUGUGAGGGCUCACCUGGAAGUGGCGGCAUUGAUUCGGUUGAUGAUGUCGGCACGUCAAUCACCAAGCAAGACAGAAAGAAGGUGAGAAAGGUGGCUCAACCUAUGCAGGUAGAGGUCCUUCCAGAGGGUCUCGGAUGCCAGAUUCACAUGUGCACUUUCUAGCUGGGUGGACAGGAGGCCAUAGAGAAGUCAACCUGCUUGCCUGACCAGGCCAAACAGUGUUGCCAAGCGCAGCAACCACUC